AUGUUGGAAAACCAAAUAGCUCAACAAGCAAAUUCUUCUAGCAAAGCACAAGGAAAACUUCCAAGUCAACCAGAGAAUCCUAGAGAACAUUGCAAGGCAGUGAUCCUAAGGAGUGGGAAGAUUGUGGGAGAUGAAAAGAGAGAUGAGGUAGAAGAGGAAAAGAAGAAAGAAGAUGAAGACAAGAAUGAAUCCACUUCAAAUCAUGAUGAAGUUAAUGAGGAAGCAAACAAGAAGAAAGAAGUUGAAAAAGAAAAAGAGGAAAAGUAUAUGUCUCCACCACCAUACAAGCCACCAUUGUCAUAUCCUCAGAGGUUUCAGAAAGCAAAGCUAAAUAAGCAGUUUGAGAAAUUUUUAGAAGUUUUGAAGAAAUUAUACAUUAACAUUCCAUUUGCAGAUGCAAUUUCUCAAAUGCCUUCAUAUGCUAAGUUCCUGAAAGAAAUUUUGUCAAAUAAAAAGAGACUAGAAAAUUAUGAAAUUGUGGCAUUAAUAGAGGAGUGUAGUGCUCUAUUGCAGAAUAAGCUCCCGCCGAAAUUGAAGGAUCCAGGAAGUUUCUCUAUUCGUUGUCAUAUUGGGGAUACUAGUAUUAAUAAAGCAUUGUGUGAUCUUGGAGCUAGUGUAACUUUAAUAUCACUAUCUAUAUGUGAAAAGUUGAAGGUAGGAGAUUUGAAGCCCACCACCAUUUCUUUGUAA